AUGCUUUUGUUGUGCAAAUUUGCUUUCCCUUUACAAAUUGAAUGGUGUGGUUCAGGCAAUUCGGAUGAUUUCCGACGUUUGUUCAAUGCUCGUGACAAAGAUGUUUUGUACAUUGGUGAUCAUAUUUUUGGCGAUAAGUAUGCCUGGUUAACCAGUGUGCUGAAUUCUUCAGGAUGGCGCACUUUUCUCGUAGUGCCGGAACUCGUCAGAGAAAUUUCGAUUUGGUCGCAACGGCAUAAUUUAUUCAAAAAGAUUGUGGAGACGAGUAAACACGUCGAAGAGAUGUACAACCAGCUGGACCCAGAAGCUAUGAAGCAUGACAUCCAGCAGGGAAUCAAAGAAAUCCGAGUAUGCUAG